AUGAACAUUGAUACUCAAGAGGUCAAUAUUAUUGUUGAUGAGGAGAACAUUGAGGUAAAUAAAGAUGCGGCUACUAAGCCACCAGCUGAAAAUGUUGAGGUAGAGACACAAACAAAGCAUACAGAAGUACAGUUGGAUAUUGGCAUGGAUACCGACAACACCAUUAAUACAAACAUUGAAAAAUUGACAGAUGAGAUACUGGCUGCUAAAAAUACAGAGAAGCCUACUGAGAUACUAGUAGUGGAUAAUGCAGAAGUGCAGACAGAGAAACCAAUAGUGGAUACCACUAAAAAAUCAUUAGAGGCACUGACUGAUAACACUGAGAAACCAUCAAAAAAACUGGCAGUAGAGAGCACAGUGAAACUCACUGAGAAACAGGUAGACAAAAAGUUGAGUCACAAGAGGUUGGCUAGAAUCUGCGCUAAGCAAAUAAAAGAGGAAAUUAAAAAAGCUAAUAACCAGGCCAAUGUUAAAAACCUGGAGGAAAUUUAUGAUCAGGAGGAGGAGGGUAAGUCUAUUGACAAAAUUGAGGAUGAGGAUUUCCAUGAGGAGGACAACCCCAAAGAGAAUUUCAAAGAGGAAAUGGAAGAAGAGGAAGAUGGGGAUGAGAUCAAUGAAGCUGACAUGGACUCAGAUAAUCCAGAACACAUCCCUGAGGAGGAGGAGGGUAACUCUGUUGACAAAACUGAGGAUGAGGAUUUCCAUCAGGACGACAACCCCGAAGAGAAUUUCAAAGAGGAAAUGGAACAAGAGGAAGAUGGGGAUGAGAUCAAUGAAACUAACAUGGACUCGGAUACUCCAGAACACAUCCCUGAGGUACUUAAUUUAUUUGGUGAUUAG